ACUGUAAAUACAAUGCAGAAAAUAAAAGUUCACACUAACAACGAGUAUUUAUCAAAUGAUAUCCUUGAGGAAGAGUUCAUAAAAUCAAUUCGUCUAAUGUACGAUUGCCAAAAGCUUAUGGCAGCGAGUCGCGUUGAUAUCAAACACCGUUUCGUAGUUUUACCAUCCCUCAUUCAAAAAUGCUACACAAUAUUCAGCAUACUUUUACUUCUAUGGUUGAACUACAUUAUAGUCGUCAAUUUUAACUUAGUUAUGUUUGAUAACGAGACAAUGUAUACUUUAUGUAAUUGUGUAACAGGUUUGCAGUCUUUAACGUAUGUGUGUAAUUUAAUUCACGUGCGGUUUUUCAACGGUGACGAAAAUAUUGAGUUUUGUGUGAAACUCCAACAAAUUGAGAGAUGCAUGAAACUUAACCGUAAUAAGAGUAUGUCUGCUCUUAUGAAUAGGAUUCAAAUUAUAUCUUUGGCUGGGGUCGCAAUAAUCUUUAUCGUUCUCCUUGCAGUGGGUUAUGGCAAAGCUAACGUCUCUUUCUGGCCUUUGCUGGGCAUUGUAGUGUCACAAUUUUGUUUCGUAAUAGAAUUAGUUAGCUGCUCGCACAUAUUUUUGUAUUUCUUUGUCAGAGUGCGGUUCAUGAACGCUAUAAUGAAAAACUUUAUCGACAGCAAAAACGUUCAAACAAUUUUGCAUAUGAAAUGGAAUACUUUUUUAACACUAUUUCCUACAAGAUUAUAUAUGAGGCGACUGGCCGCACAGACUCACAACUUCGUAUCGAGUGAAACUGAUGUUUAUGUUAAGGAAAUAUUGGAUGGUUUUGGUAAAUUUCAAAAUAUUUACCGAUUUCAAGUAAGUGGUAAAUUGAUAUGGCCUUGGUAUUAUUAAAAGGAAUUAUGAGAG